UACAAAAAAGAACUUUUAUUGUUUCUGUUUUCACAGUUUCUUGUAUAAACUUUAGAAAACAGGAACAAAGUGUUAAACCACAAACGUUUUCUCAACCCAAAUAGAUCCUAAAAUCUCUUCAUCUUGUUAAUCAUAUACUUCAUUCUGUGUUGAUAACAUGAUGAAUGGUAAUAUGCCUUUCGUAUCCUAUGCUUGGUUGCUUAAAGUCAUGGUAGAAAUUACUAGCAGAUGCCUCAAGUGCUAUUAGGCUCUUGCAAAAGUUUCAGUUAUGUGGGAAUGGAAGCAUAACAUGACUGCAGUUAGCUAUACUGAUUUUACGUGUUUACUUCAUGGAUAUAGUUUGAUAUUUGUAUUGUGUGCACUCUUCUUUUGCAGUACACCCCAUAGACAAUGAACUUGAGGACUCAUCACAGAUUCGUGGGGUUGUGCGUGCUUCCCUUGCUCUAUGUGCUUCAGUGUACUUAUUGACAAGCUUCUUUGGGUUCCUUCUAUUUGGUGAAGGAACUCUGGAUGAUGUGCUUGCAAAUUUUGACACUGAUCUUGGGAUUCCUUUUGGUUCUGUGCUCAACGAUGCUGUUCGUGCUACCUAUGCUGCACAUCUUAUGCUUGUGUUUCCAGUUGUCUUCUAUGCAGUGCGGAUCAACCUUGAUGGUCUUUUGUUUCCAUCAUCUAGGCCUUUGGUUCUAGAUAACAUCAGAUUUUCAAUGAUUACUGUGGCCCUUAUUGUUUUUUCCUUUUGGGGAGCAAAUUUCAUACCCAGCAUUUGGGAUAUUUUCCAGUUCACUGGAGCAACUGCUGCAGCAUGUUUAGCAUUCAUAUUUCCAGCUGCCAUCAUCCUUAAGGAUCGGUUCAACAUUGCAACUAAUAGGGACAAGAUUCUUUCUGUCUUCAUGAUAGUCCUCGCAGUCUUUGCAAACGUUGUGGCUAUAUACAGUGAUGCACUUGCCUUGAUCAAGACUAGUCUUAGCUCAAUGGGAGUGAUUUCAUGAAACUUUCUUUAGAAGUCCACACGCAAUAUGUUCAUACUUGCAGAAACAGGAGUGACAGGGUUAUUGGCCAAGUAGAAAAUUGAUGUUUUCUGAGAGGUACGAAUGAUGGGUUGAUUGUAAGAUAAAGAAGCAACCCAAUGUGUUGUUCUUCAAAAUUGUGUAAAGGCCUGCAACAUGUUCAUCCUCCUUUGGAAUUUGCUCUAUAUGGUAUUGUAGUUCUAGAGGCUCUUCUUGAUUGUCAAUGUAACAUAGAAUGUUGGCUGAAUGAUUGAAGGGACGUGCUAUGAAUUAUGAAAUAAUGAUUUAGGUGAGAGAACUGUGAGCGUGCUUGUAAUAUAUUGUGUUGUAAAUUCUCCCCUAUAGAACACUUUUCGA